ACAAGUGUCCUGUUUUAACUGGGACAUCCCAGAAUUACAGGAACCACCCUGGCUCCUGAUCCCAUCCUGGGAUGUCCUGGGAUUUCAGCCAACGGGGACCAAAAGACAUGAAUCUCUUGCUUCUGCACUCUAUUGGCUCUGCACCUUCUCUUGCUGCCCAGAAUCUGCCGGUCAGUCUUCUGUUGCCCAUUGCCAGAGCCGCACAAGGAGGGCCUCAGUGGUGUACUUCUGGAAGCCAGAUGGCAGCAGUUAGCAGGUGAGUGGACAGGUGGUGUCAGCAAGCCAGCAGAUGGGGGGGGCAGCAGGAUGGUGAUAGUGGGGUCCUGAUUGGCCCUCCUGAAAUGUCGACGGUAUGGAUCUAUCAGCCACCUUACGCUUCUCCAGAUUUUUAGAAUAGGAACUGAAGCUUGUGUAGAAAGGGUGUCAACUGAAUGAUAUUCCUUAUCAGAAAGCAUAAUAAAAAAAGACUACCAUAAUCACCUAACAACUUUCCUUCCCCCAGUUGCAGAAGGAAUGGGAGAAUGUGGAUGCUGAGUUCUCCUGCAGGCCCUGAAGACUGAACAAGAUGCCCAGCCUACCUGUAUGUUGCCCUGUGGGACAAAUAGAGAUUGAAUGACUUCCCCAAGGUCAUACAGAAAAGCUUGUGGUGGAAACAGGACAGGUUUGCCAGAAGCCCCAUUCUAUUCUAGUAUAUAAGCCCUCUCAUUUCCUUAAAAUGCAUCUAUGAUAUUUCCCUGAACCUGCUUAAUCCUUUCACUGUAAGCUGCUGAAGCUUUGCUUAUAUGAAGCAGGAGCCUGUUGCAAUAAUGCUUAUGGCUGCUGCUGCUGCUGCUGCAGGAAUGAACUCUUGAUUCUCAGUAGAGUUCCUGCGAUUAGCAUGAGUGUGGCUUUAGUAUCGCAGUUCCCACAGUGCCAGAUCUGUGACCAAAAGAAUCAGAGAGUCAGCAAGCUAUCAUGCCAAGUCUCAAGCAGAGCCCAGUGAGACAUAUUGUAGGAAUAUUCCCAAGCAAUAUAGUCAAUAAUCUGGGAUGGUGGGAAUUGUAGAUGAUGAUGAUGAUGAUGAUGAUGAUGAUGAUGAUAUGCCACCCAUCUGACUGGGUUUCCCCCAGCCACUCUGAGUGGCUCCCAUCAAAAUAUUGAAAACACAAAACAGCAUCAACCAUAAAAACUUCCCUAAACAGGGCUGCCUUCAGAUGUCUUCUAAAAGUCAGGUAGUUGUUUAUUUCCUUGGCAUCUGAAGGGAGGGCGUUCCACAGAGUGGGUGCCACUACCGAGAAGGCCCUCUGCCGGGUUCCCUGUAACCUCACUUCUCGCAGAAGGCCCUCUGAGCUGGACCUCAGUGUCCAGGCAGAACGAUGGGGGUGGAGACACUCCUUCAGGUAUACUGGGCCAAGGCCAUUUAGGGCUUUAAAGGUCAGAUGCCAGGGACUCUGCUGGGGAGGGCUGCACUGAGGAGGAAUAGUGGGAGUCUCCCCCCCCCCUUGCUCCUAAUCUGGAUCCUGAAUCUUCCCAGGAGCAGGAGGACAGUAUAGAUUUGGAAUAGUGGUUUGCAGAGGGGCAUAGUUCAGAAGGCAGAAGCUAGGAAAUAUUGGAUGGGGAACAUCUAGGAGAAGAAACACUGGGAGAUAGAGGGUUAACAGAUUCACGGUCUCUGGAAAGCAUCCAUCCACUCUCCCCAAGGUCAAAAAGAGCUGAGAAAAUGGCAGAACAGAAAGCACACAAAGCACAGAUGGGACAGGCUCAGAUUACAAGACGUAGAAGUGAUGUGGGUUAAUAAGGACGUAAGGGGGUGGGAUUCUUAAUUGGGAGCACCACCAUUUCUAGGAGAUGGUUCUUUGUUCUCUCACUGUGAUUAUUAAAGUUCCUAACUGAUAAGAAGACUCCCUUCCCUUUGUUCUGCUUAUCUACUGCCACUGGGGAAGGAAACCAAUUUCCUGAAGCCUGACACUGACACCAACACCAACACUUUGAAUUGUGCUUGAAAACGUACAACACUUUGGUCCUCCUAGUUGAGACUAUAAAUGGUAACUGCACCUAACUUGUAUAUAGUGGAACACUGCGCAGAAUUUUCACAGGCUGCAUUUCGUGGCACCUUGGCCAUGAUGUUCACAUUUCCUUUUCCUGUAUACCCAUAUUUGUGUGGGUAUCUUUUUGUAUAUAAUACCUUCUGGCUAAGGAUAACAUGCCGUGCAUUUAAUGGCGUGGGCUGUAGUCCAAGUACAGUUAUGCCACAAUAAAUCUGUUUGUCUCCCUAUGCCACACAAUCCUUUGCUUCUUUUUUUGACUGCGCCAGACUAAUACAUCUAACCCCCUCUAUAAUGCGUCCCUUUUAAAAUCAGCAGUCUUAAGCACCAAUGUUCUUACAGUGCUGAUAACAGACAACGGGAGACUGUCUGGCAGCUAAUCCCAUCCUAUCCUAUCCUUUACCUGUCUUGCUGAGCUAUUGUCCUGCAUAUGGCACACCCAGACUGCUGACGUCUUUGCUUCUCUCCUUCCCUUCCUCUUCCCACUAAGCUUUGGUGGAUUUCUUUCUCUAUAUCCUCCAGCUAUUCUUAGCAGCCCCACUGCGAUCUGCUGGCAAAAGCAGCUAAACCAAUCAACCUGUCUUGUUAAUGAUGAUGACUAACCACCACCACCCCAGUCAACACAGUGGGUUGGUGUGAUCAGCUGGAAUUGUUAACAGCCCAGUGCAACAGUUCUGAUAAGUUGUUUUUUAGGGAGUUGUUUUGCUUCCUUAGCAGGUUGGUCCAGAUCCCUGCACAGAUAUGAAACCAACAAGAUCAAGUUUAGCAAAGAUAUACAGGUCCCGCUUUCUGAGCACAAUGCAUUCCCAGGAAAUCAUUCCUUAGGUGAGUGUUCACAUAACGAGUCAAUGAUUUCCAUUGAUUUCUAUAGGGAAAUUUCUAAUGUGUUCCCGACUGUGGAAUAUUGACCUCAAAAUAACAAAAAGCAAAGACAAAACAGGAAAACCCUCUGAAACUUUGUGAAAGGCAAACAAUGAAGGGGGGGAAGGCUCUCUUGUUUGUCCAAUCUCUCCCCCUUCCUCCCCACUCCCUCCUUCCAUGGUUUCUGGCAAAAUGGCUGCUGUGGACCACAAAAAGGCAUGGCUUGUUUAAGGCCGCUUGUUUGUUUAUAGUACUACACACGCCUUGGACAGGCCUGAAUCAUCCCUUUGAACCAGUAAAUAAAUCCAAAGUUGUGCUAUCUCUGAAUACGAGGCUGUGUGCAUCAACAGUAGUUAUUUCUCACAAAAGACUGCACUUCCAGUUAUGACCACCAGAUGGCCUAUGAAUAAAACACUCAUUACCUGAAGUGCACAUCCCCAAGUAAAGUGAAUGGUUUUGAAACGGCAUAUAUAGCAUUCAUUUUCAGCAGGUAAAUUAGGUCUUAAACCACACCCGGGGAUCAGCUUGACUUAAGGAGGACUGCAAACAGCAGUGCCACCACUGUACAAGUAUAUGGGGGGGUGUAAUAAUGAAAAAGCGGACCCCCUCAGUGUGGUCCUAUGUGCAAAAUGUUUGAAGACUACUGUUCCAAAGAAACUCAGAAGAGAACAUAGCUAGCUUAUCAAUGAAUGAGUCCUCUAGAACUGGUUUGACAUUCUCCUUUUAUGUGAGAUUUUAUAGCCACACAAGAGAAUGGGGUUCUUUGAAGGGCUUGUCUACACUUCUACUCGUCUACCCACUGCCCCCCAGGGAAAACCUGCUUUUUUAAAUCACCAAAUCCAAGUAAAUGUCAAUCAGGUUUUCCAUGGAUUGUUGUUUGCUCUGAUUCAGCAGCAAAGAGCAGGUUUUGUUGGGGAAAGUGGAGGGAAACCUCUUAUGCCAAUGCAUGGGUACCAAUGCAUCCCAGAAAUGUGGAUGAAGCCUGAUGGGUGUUAUUGUUUGAUAUGGAUUUAAUUGGGACUUUUUAGUCAGCAUUGCUAAAUGGCGUUGCUUUCGUUCCAUGAUAGCUUAUUUGUAUUAAAAAUUCAAACGCAUCAAUAAUAACCAUUUUGCAUGUAUUACUAGCUAGAAGCCAAUGAUGUCAAUAUGCAUUUCAUUCCUAGAGAUGGGGGAGAAAUUUGGUUCGAGUUUGAACAUGAGCCUACCAACUUUCUGAAACAAUAUUUGAACCACAGCAAAGCCAAACUUAAAAAUUCGCACUUUUCUGAAUUUUGCAAUUCUGUUCUCCAGCCACAUAACAAAUACAAACGUGAUUGCGCUAGGGCAGGCAUAGGCAAACUCAGCCCUCCAUAUGUUUUGGGACUACAACUCCCAUCACUCCUAGCUAAUAGGACCAGUGGUCAGGGAUGAGGGGAGUUGUAGUCUCAAAACAUCUGGAGGGCCGAGUUUGCCUAUGCCUGCACUAGGGUAAAGGGUGCAUAAAAAGGCAUAUGUUGGUGAAAAUAGCAUACAGAAAGCACUAUAUUAGGGGAAAUAGCCUUAAUGUGUAUAUUAGAAAAAAAAUGAAUACGAACACCUGUAUAUUGGAACAAACUGGUGAGUUUUCAUGAGGACCUUUUUUUUUUUUUAAAGGAACUUACAUGAAAAUGUGGGGGAACUGCACUAAAGGUUGGAAAACUGAAAAGCUGAGAGAAUCCAAACUUGUCUGAUUCGCCUAUUUCUCCUCAUUCCUUUGUCUGGUGUCUGAGAGGCUCUGAUUAGAAGAUUCGUGAUUUCCGAAUUAAAUUGUAUUCAGCACCAAACUAAUGAGACAGCCCA